AUGCUGCCGAUCGGGAACUUCUACGAGAGCGCCGUGUUCGACAAGAUCUGCAGGACGUCGUUCCAGGCCUGCGACGUCGACUCCAAUGGCAAGAUUGACGCCAAGGAGCUGCACAUUGGCAUUCUGAUGCUCUACCUCAAGAUCAACAGCAAGUGCCCCGUCAAGCUCACCGCCCCGAACCACACCGAGGUCAUGGGCAUGCUCAUGCGGCACGACAAGGACGAGAACGCCAGGCUCGACUUCAGCGAAUUCAAGGAGCUGUCCAAGGAGCUGCUGGGCCAGAAGCAGGGGUUCCGGAACAGCAUCACGUUCAAGAUGGCGAUGGCCGUGGCGGCCAACAUGGGCCUGCUGCCCCUGGCCACCUUUGCCAUCCAGCAGGGCGGCAGCGCCGCGGGGCUGUCCGGCAUCGCCAAGGUCCCGGGCCCCGUCCUCAUGGGCGGCCUCAAGAUGCUCAAGGACGCCCUCGUGCCCGCGUAG